UGGGUGUCUCCAUUCCUCUGUGAGUCCUUCACAUUUGGGGACUGGGACCCUCUGCUGUCUGGACCCGGCCAGCUAGUCCCACCAUGGCACUUCAGGAUGUGGUCUUCCUGCUGCUCUUUUUCAUGAAGUUAGGCCACGGAGCCUCCCUGGAGGACUACGUGAGCACCCAGGGGGCCUCGCUGUUCAGUCAUAGAAAAGAGUUGCGGGAGGCCAAUAGCAUUGAGGACUGUGCCUCCAAGUGUGAGGAGGCGGACUUUACCUGCAGAUCCUUCCAGUUCCACAGCAAAGAGCAACAGUGUGUGAUCAUGGAUGAGAACAGCAAGACAGCGGGUGUGGCCCGCAUGACUGAUGUGAUUCUGUUCGAGAAGAAAGUGUAUCUUUUAGAGUGCAGGACCGGGAACGGAAGGACCUACAGGGGGACUGUAUCCACCACGAAGUCUGGCAAGGCCUGUCAGAAGUGGGCAGAAACCUCUCCACACAUUCCCAACUAUUCUCCCGAUAAAUUUCCUGAUGAAGGCCUGGAGGAGAAUUACUGCAGGAAUCCUGACAAUGAUAACAAGGGCCCCUGGUGUUACACUAUGGACAAAGAUGUCAGAUAUGAAUUUUGUGACAUCCCCCAAUGUGAAGAUGAGUGUAUGCACUGCAGUGGAGAAAAUUAUGUGGGCAAAAUUUCCCAGACCCAGUCUGGAGUCCAGUGCCAGCCCUGGGAUUCCCAGAGCCCACACAGUCAUGGAUAUAUCCCUGCCAAAUUUCCAAACAAGAACUUGGAGAAGAAUUACUGUCGUAACCCCGAUGGGGAGCCUAGACCAUGGUGCUUCACCAGUGACCUCAACAAACGCUGGGAUUUCUGUGACAUCCCACGCUGCACCACACCUCCUCCACCUGCUGGCCCCACAUAUCAAUGUCUGAAAGGAAGAGGUGAAAGCUACCGUGGGAAAGUGGCUGUCACGGUAUCCGGGUAUCCCUGCCAGCGCUGGAGUGUACAGAUACCUCACAAACACAACAGGACUCCGGAUAAUUUUCCCUGCAAAGAUCUAGAUGAAAAUUAUUGUCGGAACCCUGAUGGAGAGACAACGCCAUGGUGCUACACAACCAACAGCUCAGUGAGGUGGGAGUACUGUAAAAUCCCAACCUGUGAGUCCUCACCAUCAUCCACAGAACAAUUGGAUACCGCAGAACCACCUGAGCAAACACCUGUGGUUCAGGAGUGCUACCAGGGCAAUGGAGAGAAUUACCGAGGCACGUCUUCCACCACCAUCACCGGGAAAAAAUGCCAGGCCUGGUCCUCCAUGAAACCACACUUCCAUGCUAGGACCCCAGAGAACUACCCAAAUGCGGACUUGAUCAUGAACUACUGCAGAAAUCCAGAUGGUGAAACCCGUCCGUGGUGUUAUACCACUCACCCACGAGUUAGAUGGGAGUACUGCAACCUGAAAAAAUGCCCAGAAGCACCAGCAAGUUCUGCAAAACCCCCAAAUGUUGCCCAAGUUCCAAGCACUCAAGAUACUUCUGAAGACGACUGCAUCAUUGGAAAUGGGAAAAACUACCGGGGAAAGAAAGCCACCACUGGAACAGGUACCGCAUGUCAGCCAUGGGCUUCCCAGGAGCCUCAUAAACACAACAUUUUCAAACCAGAAACAAACCCACGGGCUGGUUUGGAAGAAAAUUACUGCCGGAAUCCUGAUGGGGAUGUCAAUGGACCUUGGUGCUAUACGAUGAAUCCACGGAAACUUUUUGACUACUGUGACAUCCCCCAGUGUGCAUCAUCCUCUUCAUUUGAUUGUGGAAAACCCCAGGUGGAGCCGAAGAAAUGUCCAGGGAGGAUUGUGGGUGGCUGUGUAGCAUAUCCACAUUCCUGGCCCUGGCAGAUCAGCCUCAGAACCAGAUUUGGAAAGCACUUCUGUGGAGGAACUUUAGUAGACCCCCAGUGGGUGGUGACAGCUGCUCACUGUUUGGAGAGAUCUUCAAGACCCUCAUCAUACAAAGUCAUCCUGGGUGCCCACCGAGAGCUUAAUCUUGAAGACGAUGUUCAACAAAUAGAAGUGGCUAGGUUGUUCCCGGAGCCCUCAGGAGCAGAUAUUGCCUUGCUGAAGCUAAGCAGCCCUGCCAUCAUCACUGACAAGGUGAUCCCAGCUUGUCUGCCAUCCCCCAAUUAUGUAGUUGCCGACAAGACAUUGUGUUACAUCACUGGCUGGGGAGAAACACAAGGCACAUAUGGGGCAGGGCUCCUCAAGGAGGCGCAGCUGCCUGUGAUCGAGAAUAAAGUGUGCAAUCGCUAUGAGUUUCUCAAUGGAAGGGUCAAGUCCACAGAGCUAUGUGCUGGCCACUUGGCUGGAGGCACGGACAGCUGCCAGGGUGACAGUGGAGGGCCUCUGGUUUGCUUUGAGAAGGACAAAUACAUUUUACAAGGUGUUACCUCUUGGGGUCUAGGCUGUGCACGCCCCAAUAAGCCUGGUGUCUAUGUUCGUGUUUCAAGGUAUGUUCCUUGGAUGCAAAGAGUAAUGAGGACUAUGAGCUAAGUGCAUGGUUGGCACGUGGGAGACCUGGUUCCAUCCCUGACACCAACAGUUCCCCCCUGAACACUGAGCCAAGGGUAACCCCCCAGCAUAGCCUGGUGUGGUUCCAAAACCAAAAAAUAAUUGUGAGAAAUAAUUUAUUGAAAAAACAAUAGGGCAAGUUACCUAGAAGCUGUAACCUGGGAGGAAAUAUAGAUGUUCCAGAAAUAAUCUACUGAACUGAAUCAAUACCACAUACUGACUCACUUUUUAGUAUUAUUGUGGAUCCAGUUUUCCUGACCUGUAAUGAUAAAGCAACAUGGCUGACAGUUGCUGGCAAUAAAUGCUACUUGGAUUUAA